AUGCAGCCUCCAGAAGGUGCACAGGCCGACCUGGGCAAGGCCCAGGUCAUUGAUCGUGUUCCUAAAGUCAUCAAGGAAUUGAAGUUCGGUGUACUGACAAACGAUGAUAUUGUUGGCCAAGCUGUGGUGGAGGUCUCCGACCGAAAGUUUUUCGAUCUCGAACAUGACCGCGCAGUAGUUGCCCAUGGUCCUCUCGAUGCGCGCAUGGGUAUCUCGAACAAAACUUCCGAGUGCAAAACAUGUGGACUUCAUCUGAAAGAGUGCAACGGUCACUUCGGACAUGUCAGAUUGGUCUUACCUGCUUUCCACGUCGGUUAUUUCAAGCGUGUUAUUGGGAUCCUUCAGGAAAUUUGCAAAGAAUGCUCGCACAUCCUCCUCCCCGAGGCAGAGCGGCGGUCCUUCCUGCGUGAAAUGCGCCGCCCAGGACUAGACAACUUACGACGGACACAAAUCGCCAAGCGGAUCAACGAACGCUGCCGGAAAACUCGAGUAUGCGACCACUGCAGUGCGAUCAACGGAGUGGUGAAAAAGGCCGGCACAAGCGCUCUCAAAAUCACCCACGACAAGUUCCGCGCCUUCAACGCUUCGACUUCUGUCAAGAAGAUCCCCCCGCUCAGCAAAACGGCAUUUGACGACACCUUUGCCGAGGCCAGACACUCCAACUCCGAGGUUGAGAAGCACUUCAAGAAGGCACAGGACGAUAUGAAUGCUCUGCGUGUGCUCAAGCUCUUCAAGAAGAUUUCUGAUACCGAUUGUGAACUUAUGGCUUUGGAUCCGAAAGAAGCACGCCCGGAGAUGUUCCUUUGGCAAUUCAUCCCGGCCCCUCCUGUCUGUAUUCGUCCGUCCGUAGGACAAGAUGCCGCCUCAACAGAAGACGACCUUACUGCAAAGCUGGGUGAUAUUGUUCAGAGUAACAUCAACCUCAAGAACGCUCUACUGAAGGGUGCCCCCGUUCAAACAAUUAUGGAAUGUUGGGAUUACAUGCAGCUUCAGAUCGCCGUCUACAUCAACAGCGACGUACCAGGUCUUAACAAGGCAGAUCUGGGAAAGCCUAUUCGAGGUUUUGUUCAGCGACUCAAGGGUAAGCAGGGUCGAUUCCGUGGUAAUUUGUCCGGAAAGCGUGUCGAUUUCUCUGGCCGUACGGUCAUUUCCCCUGACCCGAACUUGAGGGUCGAUGAGGUUGCAGUUCCAGAGUUGGUUGCCAAGAAUAUGACCUAUCCCGAGCGCGUGACCCGAUAUAAUAAGGAAAAGCUACAGGAGCGUGUGCGAAAUGGACAGAAGAAAUGGCCGGGAGCGAACUACCUUUACAAGAAGGGCUCUAACUUCAGGACCAUGUUGAAGUAUGGUAACUUGAAGCACAUUGCCAACGACCUGCAAGAGGGUGACUUAGUUGAGCGUCAUAUUGAGGACGGUGAUAUCGUGCUCUUCAACCGACAACCCUCUCUUCACAAGCUCAGUAUUCUGUCUCAUUUUGCCAGAGUCCGACCCCACCGAACUUUCCGGCUCAACGAAUGUGUUUGCAAUCCUUACAAUGCCGAUUUCGACGGAGAUGAGAUGAAUUUGCACGUCCCGCAGACGGAAGAAGCUAGAGCAGAGGCUAUGGAGUUGAUGGGAGUCAAGAAUAACUUGGCUACUCCGAAGAACGGAGAGCCCAUUAUUUCCGCUAUCCAGGAUUUCAUCAGUGCUGCUUUCCUGUUGAGUAGCAAGGAUAACUUCUUUGACCGUGCCUCCUUCUGUCAGAUUUGUCUCUACAUGCUGGGCCCUGAAACACCGUUUGAUCUUCCUCCUCCGUCAGUCGUCAAGCCUCAGAUGCUCUGGACCGGGAAACAGGUUUUCAAUAUCAUGAUGCACCCCAACAAGAGUGACCCUGUCUUGGUCAACCUCGAUGCUCAAUGUCGUCAGUUCAAGAUGCCCAAGGACGGCCGACCCAAAGAUCUGGAUCCUCAUGAUGCUUGGCUGGUAAUUCGCAACUCGGAGAUCAUGUGUGGUGUCAUGGAUAAAUCUACUAUUGGUUCCGGAAAGAAAGACAAUGUGUUCUACAUCAUGCUUCGUGAUUAUGGGCCUGCAGCGGCUGCCGAAGGCAUGAACCGUCUCUCUAAGCUGUCUGCUAGAUGGUUUACCAACAUGGGUUUCUCCAUUGGUAUCGGAGACGUCUACCCCAGUCAAAGGCUGGUUCAGUCCAAGAACGACCUGGUGGAAAGCGCUUACGCAGCUUGUGACGAAGUCAUUGCCAAAUACAAGGCUGGCACCCUGGAGAAGUACCCUGGCUGUGACGAAUUGCAGACCAUGGAGAACCAGAUCUCUGGUAUCCUCAGUAAAGUCCGUCAACAGGCUGGUGACGAGUGUAUUGACCAGCUCAGCAAGUACAACUCGCCGCUGAUCAUGGCCACGUCCGGAUCUAAGGGCUCCAGCAUCAACGUGUCCCAGAUGGUUGCUCUUGUCGGACAACAAAUUAUCGGUGGUCAGCGUGUUCAGGACGGUUUCCAGGAUCGUACCUUGCCUCAUUUCCCCAAGAACGCACGCCAGCCUCCUUCCAAGGGUUUCGUUAGGAACAGUUUCUUCUCUGGUCUUGAGCCCACUGAGUUCAUUUUCCACGCCAUGUCUGGUCGUGAAGGUCUGGUCGAUACCGCUGUCAAGACUGCCGAAACCGGUUACAUGUCUCGUCGGUUGAUGAAGUCUCUUGAAGAUUUGUCUACGCAGUAUGACGACACCGUGCGCAACUCGUCGUCUGCAAUUGUGCAAUUCCAGUACGGUGACGAUAAGUUGGACCCCGUGGACAUGGAAGGCAAAGCCAAGCCUGUCCACUUCGACCGAACUUUCAUCCACUGUGAAGCUACCACUUACAACAACGACGAGCGAAGCUUGUUGCCUGCUGAAAUCAUGGAGCUCUGUCAGGAGAUGCUCGGAAAGGAACGUGCCAAGUUGGCUCGCAAGGACCUGCUGGGCAACGAGCUUGGCUAUAUGGACCGGAGCGAUCAUGGCAUUGAUCAGUUCGAGAGUGCCCGUGACUUCCUGGACUCUAUUGAACAAUACGUGUCUACCAAAGCUGACAGGCUUGUCUCUCGCGGUGGUGACAUUGACCCAUCGGACCAGAGAAGCCGAAAGGGCUUGGACCACACUGGAAAGCUGACAGAAAAGACUCUGAGGGCUUUCAUCCUUGAGUGCCUGCUGAAGUACAAGAAGGCACAGGUCGAACCCGGUCAUGCCGUCGGCGCCGUCGGUGCUCAGUCUAUCGGUGAGCCCGGUACGCAGAUGACUCUGAAAACUUUCCAUUUCGCUGGUGUCGCCGGUAUGAGUAUCACGCAAGGUGUGCCCCGUAUCAAGGAAAUUAUCAACGCUUCCAGAGAGAUCAGUACUCCUGUCGUUGCUUGUGACCUUGUCACUAAGGACAGCAUCGUUGCGGCGCGAAUUGUGAAGGGACGUAUUGAGAAGACUUAUCUUCGUGAUGUUAUCAAGUAUGUCAACGAAAGGUGGUCUGGUGAUGAGGCAUCCGUCAAAGUUCGGAUCAACUGGGAUACGAUCAACCAACUGCAGCUCGAGCUGGAUAUGCAUAAAAUCCUUGCAGCUAUCAAGAGCCACAAGCGCUUCAAGGGCGAGGAUCUUAAGUUCCGAACCACCCGGCGCUCGAUUGAGGUUAUCAUCGAUCUCGAUCCGACCAGCAAGCAGGGCCUAUCAAAGACCGAGAUCGCUGCCACAAGCAUCGAUCCCUUCCUGCGUCUCAAGCACUUGAAGCGCAUGCUGCCCAACAUUCAGAUCCUGGGUCACCCCCUGGCCCACCGUGCCAUUAUCCGGACGGAUGAGACAUCUACAACCAACACCCUGCUUGUGGAAGGAUACGGUCUAAGAGCAUGCAUGAACACUAUGGGUGUCAACGGUCUUCAGACCACAACCAACAACGUUAUGGAGGCACGUGAAGUUCUUGGCAUCGAAGCCGCGCGCAGCACCAUCGUCACUGAAAUCAGUGAAGUCAUGAAGGACAUGGACAUCGAUCCUCGCCACAUGCAGCUCCUAGCUGAUGUGAUGACCUACAAGGGUGAGGUGCUCGGUAUCACUCGAUUCGGCCUGGCCAAGAUGCGUGACUCUGUGCUCCAACUGGCCUCUUUCGAGAAGACCGCCGACCAUCUAUUCGACGCCGGUGGUGCCGGUCGGACCGAUUUGAUCGAGGGUGUUUCCGAGUGUAUUAUUAUGGGCAAGACCGUUGGCCUUGGUACCGGUGCCAUGGAGGUCGCGCGCAAAUUGAACUUCUACGAAGGACAGAUUGGCCCGCGCAAGACUACCUUCGAGGACGCCUGGUCGGAGGUGUGCGAAGUCCCCGUGACGAGACGGACCAAGAGAAAGGUCCGGCAGGGGUAA